AUGAGGCGACGCCAGUCUCUCUCCCUCCUCUCCGCGCAUCUCCGCCGUCUACAGCAGCAUAACGGCCACGUGUCGUCAUCCGACGCCGCGAUCGCCCUCGCAUCGUCAUUGCACCCCUCCUUACAGCCGUCAUCAGUCGCGUCUCCUCCAGAGCCAACGUCCUCCUCACCACCACCACCUGUGAUGCCGGCCGAGCUAGCAGCUGUGGUGGAGAGGAGCCUCUGUGCCGUCUUGGCCCGCCACCAGCACCUGGAGGAGCUGCUCUCCCAGCCUGACACGUCAGCAGACGACCUGGCGAGAGCAGGCAAGGAGAUGAGCGAUCUGGCGCCAGCUGUCGCAAUCGCACUAGAGCUGCAGAAAAAGACAAAGGAGUUACAAGACUUGCACGCGCUACUAAAGGGACAAGGACAGCCUUAUAACGAGGACAAUGACACAAAGGGAGGGAAGAGAGAAGGAGGCAGGGAGGCGGAUGAGGAGGACGAGGAGUUGAGAGCGAUGGUGUGGGAGGAGAUCGGGGUGGUGGGAGGGGAGAGGGAGGCACUGCUGCGGAGUGCAGUGAGGCGGAUAUUACCUAGGGACGAGGCGGACCAAAGAGGAUGCAUUGUGGAGGUGCGAGCAGGAGGCGACGAGGCAGCCCUAUUUGAGACGACUCAAAACCUGCCCCUCCUCCCCUCUCCUCCUCUCGCCCUCCCUCCCCCAUUCAUCGCCACUCAACCCAUGUGUGUGCAGGCACAGGAGGCGACGAGGCAGCCCUGUUUGCAGCUGACGUGUUCCAAAUGUAAGUACCAGCGCUUCUGCGUUAAGCGGGGGUGGCAGUUUGAGGUUCUAGAUGUCACAGAGAUUGAGAAGGGCGGAUACAAGGAAGCGAGUGCGAGUGUGUCAGGGGAAGGGGUGUUUGGGAGCCUCAAGUGGGAAAGUGGCGUGCACAGGGUGCAGCGAGUACCGGCCACUGAGAAAUCGGGCAGGGUGCACACGAGUGCUGCUACCGUGGCUGUGCUGCCCCAAGCUGACGAGGUGGAUGUGUCGAUCCGGCAGGAGGAUCUGCACAUUGACACGUACCACAGUGGCGGGUGUGGAGGGCAGUCGGUGGACGUGCUAAUCCGCCAGGAGGAUCUGCGUAUCGACACGUACCGCAGCGGCGGGUGUGGAGGGCAGUCGGUGAACACGACCAACAGUGCCGUGCGCAUCACCCACUUGCCCUCGGGGCUUGUCGUGGCUAUACAGGACGAACGCUCUCAGCACAUGAACAAGGCCAAGGCGCUCAAGGUGCUGCGAGCACGGCUGUUUGACCUGCAGAGGAAGCAGGCCGAGGCGUCGCGGUCUCAGCUCAGACAUGGGCAGGUGAGGGGUGGGCAGGUGAGGGGUGGGCAAGUGGGGGGUGGGCAAGUGGGGGGUGGGCAAGUGGGGGGUGGGCAAGUGGGGGGUGGGCAAGUGGGGGGUGGGCAAGUGGGGGGUGGGCAAGUGGGGGGUGGGCAAGUGGGGGUGAUGGGCAUGUAUUCUAUCGGCUCUGGCGAUCGCUCGGAGCGAAUCCGCACGUACAACUUCCCGCAGGGCCGAAUCACGGACCACCGCGUGGGCCUCACCCUGCACUCGCUGCCGCAGCUCUGCAUUCGCACGUACAACUUCCCGCAGGGCAGAAUCACGGACCACCGCAUGGGGGUCACCCUGCACUCGCUGCCACAGGCACCGGAGGCAGCAGCAGAGAAGUCGCUGUCCCAUUUCCUCCCUCUCUCCCUUACAUUCCUCUUCCCCUCGUCCCUCCGCCUUUUCCUCUCCCUCCGCCCUUCCCCCCCCUCCCCCCCGCAACAGGUGCUCCAAGGGGAGGGCCUGGAGGCGUUUAUAGAGGCGCUGGAGGCAGCAGCAGAGAAGGAGGCGAUAGAUGGCCUGGCCAAGGCAGGGUAG